UCGUAUUUAUUACAGGCAGAAACAGUGGUAAAUAGUUGGGUGUGUACUAUACCCUGAAGGCAGCGCUUACGUGGUAUAUUGUCUAUACACUGUGUACAUCCAGCUGUACAACCAUACAUAGUAGUGCCAUACACUAACUGUAUAUUUCGAGUACCAAUACCUCAGACUCCGACUUUUGAUUAUCAUUACAGUCCAUAAUUUACAUUUCAGUACAAAUAGUACAUUACUUUCAAUCAAUAUGGCGCGAACCAGUCGCGGUAGGAGCCGUAGUGUGAGCAGUCGCCGUCGUAGUCGCAGUCACAGUCGCAGACGUACGGCUAGGUCAGGCUCUUCGCGUUCGUCGAACUCUUCCGGUUCAUCCUGGUCAUCUAGGUCUUCACGGUCGAGCAGUCGGUCAAGAUCUGGUUCCAGUUCCAGUUCCAGUUCAAGGUCAAGAUCACGAUCGCGUUCAAGGCGUCGAUCACGCGCACGCUCUAUCUCGCCAGUGAAGAAAAUCGAAAUCAGCAACAUUACUACAAACGUAACGAAGGAUCAUAUGAGUGAGAUUUUCAGUAAAUACGGGAAGAUUGUAGAGCUGGAUUACGCAGUGAGUGAAAGGACUGGAUUUUAUACGGGGACUGCUAAUAUUGAGUAUGAAACAGCCGAAGCGGCUUCAGAAGCCUUGAUACACUUGAACGGAGGGCAAAUCGAUGGGCAAGCCAUUACCAUCAAACUAGUGGUUCCUGCACCUGUCAGGAGAUCGCGGUCGCCAUACCGUGCACCAGCAUACGCUCGUGGUGGUCGCAGAGUUGGGUACGGCGGUCCCGUUGGGAGGUAUGGUGGUGGGGGUGGUGGAUACAGGGGACGAGCCCGCAAUGGCUACGAGGGCUAUCGUGGUAGUAGAGGCUAUGCAGGCGGAUACAGACGGCGAUCCAGAUCCAGAUCACUGGCACGAUUUGGAAGGCGAAGAUCGCCAUCGCGCAGUUACAGCCGCAGCCGCAGUCGAGGUCGUAGUCGUAGCCGAAGUCGCAGUCGCAACCGUGGUAAUAGGAGACGCUCUCGUUCAAGCAGUGGAUCUAGAUCUAGAUCUAGAUCGAGUAGAUCCCGAUCGAACAGCUCGAGUUCGCGCUCACGAUCGAAGUCUAAGUCCAAGUCGAGGUCAUCCGAGAAAGCGAAAUUGUGAUUAAGUCCAACUAUACUAGACAUCGCAAUGCAUGGCAAAAGCCACGAGUAGAUAUGUACCUUAGAUAUUCCCACUUACAGUAAAGUCUGGUUCUGAUUGACA